GUGCAGUUGGGUUUCAGUGAUUGAGGCUGUGUCUAGUCCGUCAACCAAGAAUGGAAGGGAACCUGAUAUACGACUACCUGGUGUUCGGGUCCCUCAUUUUGGGUUCCAUAUCUGUCGCCUUCUAUGGAAGAUUCUCGGGGCCAAAGGAGAAGACGAAGAACGAUUAUGCCUUUUCGUCAAAGAGUAACAUGUUCACCAUGAUGUUGUCCAUCGCAAGAGGUUUCCUGGGAGUUCGCGUUUUCCUAGGAUAUCCAUCCGAGUUGUACUACAGGGGCAGUUCCAUGUGGGAGAUACUCUAUGGGAUGAUUUUAGCAUACCCAUUAGUCUGCUUUUUUUUUGUACCUGUGUACUACAGCCUCAGCACAACAUCAGUUUAUCAGUAUUUGGAUCUGAGGUUCAAAUCACGCCUUGUCCGAUGUCUUGCUUCUGGUACCUAUGUCUUCAGAAGUAUCCUCAAUCUUGGAGUAACUGUUUUCACCCCUUGUGUGGCUUUGAAGACUGUCAUUGGACUUCCGUAUUGGGCCUCAAUCUCAGCCAUUGUUUCCAUUUCCAUAUUUUUUGUGAUGAUGGGAGGUUUGAGGACCGCAAUUUUGGCUGAUGUGAUCCAGCUGUUGGUUAUGCUUGGCUGUAGUGUCGUUAUUCUCAUUCAAGGAACAAUCACUGCAGGAGGCGUAGUGAAUGUUGUUAAUACAUCUUAUCAUAAUGAUCGGUUAGACUUCUUCAACUUUGACAUGGACCCUACGAUCAGAGUAACUACUGUCUCUGCUAUUAUUGGGCAAUUAUUCAUGUCUCUUUCAAUAUUUGGCUGUCAGCAGAAUUUUGUGCAAAGGUACUGCAGUAUGUCUUCUCAAAAGAAAGUUACACAGACUCUUAUGGCAAAUAUACCAAUCAUGACACUUCUAUUCUCAAGUUCGUGGGUUGUUGGUAUGGUUAUCUAUGCCAAUUAUGCUGACUGUGAUCCUAGAGCACUUGGUUACAUCACAAACAUAGAUGAAAUUCUUCCAUUCUAUGUCGAGGACAAAUUUUACUUUCUGCCUGGAUUCCUGGGGCUAAUAAUGGCCUGUCUUUUCAAUGGAGCUAUGAAUUUGUUGGUUUCUAAUCUUAACUCCUUGGCUAUUGUCAUGUGGGAAGACUUUUUCUUCUUGAUUCCUGCCUUUAAGGAUAUUAGUGAGAAAGCCCAGUUAUGGUUUAUCAAGGCUCUUGGUGCAGUCUGUGGGCUGAUGAUUUUGGGUAUCGCUUUUGUUGUUGCUAUGCUGUCAGGUGUGAUAGAAGCAUCCAUGCUCAUGACAUCCGCCACUAGUGGACCACUUUUGGGUGUAUUCUUAUUGGCUAUGUUUUGCCCUCCGGCCAACUGGAAGGGAGCAGCUUUAGGAAUGAUCACCAGUCAUGCUGUAGUUAUGUGGAUAACAUUUGGGCACCUUACUGUUGAAAGACCUCCAAUUCCUCUUUUGCCAGUAUCUGUGGAUGGUUGUACCAACACGACAUUCUCACCUAAUGUUCCUCCACUUCCCCACCAUACAGAUCCUGUUUGGACAGAGGACUUUGAUAUUGAUCCAGUUGUCAACCCAGCAGCUCACGACAAUGACUUUUUAACUUCUAUUUACCUAGUAACAUACAUGUACUAUUCACUGUUGGGAACCGUGAUAACAGUUGUUAUUGGUCUUCUGGUCAGCCUCGUUACCAAAUCAGAUGAAGAUAGCUACGAUGAAAAAUUAGUUCAUCCAUGGGCAAGAAAAAUCUAUAAGUGGCUGCCAGGAAAUAAGACAUGCUUCAUAAACAUGGAACAAUCACAGACGAAUCCACAUUCUGUAGACUGUGAAAUAUACAAACCUAAAACAAAUAAAAUUUAAGCAAGAAAAUAAAUUUAGGUGCUCUCACCUGUGAUAAAUCAUUCCAAUGUUUAGAGCUCGUUUAGUGCCUUUUGAAUUAACAGUUAGGAUACUCUGUGUAUUGAUGUUGUGUUAGGAUAACUAAUAGAUCAUUUUUCAUAUUUUCUUUUAAUUUAUUUUUUUUUUAGUUUAAUUUUUCUACACUUUCAUUUUAAUAUUAUAAAUAACUUCAUUUGACGGUACUGCGUCAAAUUAUUAUUUAAGUGCCAUCACGAUUGAUCGCAUUUUUUUCGCUGUUAUAAUUUUAUUUCUUAAAAAAGCUAUCAUUCGUUUUGGCUAUUUAAACUAGAUACUGUCAAAAAUAAAUUUUGAGAGACAGUAAAGAUUUCUCUAAAUGUAUUCCAGAAACAAUGCCACAGUAGUCCAGGUGAAGUUACCCUAACAAAAUACUCGAAUAUACUUUGACCAGUAUUAGACUCAACUUAUCUAAUUAACUAAUUGAUUGUUAUAAUUGUAAAUAUAAAUUUUAGGUCAGCAAGUAUGACCAGUGAGUGUAUAAACCUUAUAUAUAUAUAUAUACAUACCUGUGUCAGUGUACUAUAUUUAAUCUAUAAGAUAAAGGUUAAGAUGCAUCAGAAUUCAUAAGAUGCUGCCACUAAUUGUUCAUAAUUGUUAGAAUGGAGUGCUUCCUCAUUUUGUAAAAUCUUAUAAAAAAGCAAUAUAGUUGUAUAUGUGGAUCAAAGUUCUUGCUGGACAUGCCUGCAUCCUUAAUGUGGUAGGAUAUGACAAUAUUUUAAAUCUGUAUGGGAAAAUAAGAAUUUAGAAAGUUUAUAUGACGAGAUGACCAGUAGUUCAUUGAAAAUACUCAAUUCACAAUUGUUAACUUUUUAACACCAAAAUGUCUUUUUUCAGACAAGGGUGAAAAGUUUUCUUAGUUUACGCCAACCAAUAUACUGAUUAGAAAAUGUGACAAAUUUGAUACAGAUAUUAGUGAAAAAAAUGUCAUUUUAUUCUGAUAUGAAGGCCUUAUAAAUUCUGAUGCAUAAUAACUACAGCCUAAGUGUAAAUAAUACCUCAGGAGAUUGUAAACUGAAUUUGUUAAGCUAAUAUUUGUAAUUAGAAGUAUAUACAUAGCUUUAAGUUAAGUAGUUUGUUCCUUUCUAUUGUGAAUUGUUUUCUCUUUGUAUACUUUUUAUUUAUUUUUGGUCCCCUUUCUUUUGGAAAGAUCGUCUAUUUUUUAAGGAAUUUACAUGAUAAGAGACUGAUGUUUUAUCAGUAAAUGAUUUCUUUUAUGUAUGAUUAUUAUAUAAUAAAAGAGAUCAGUUCAUGGCCAAUGAUGGAUAACAAAUAUUUUUGAAGACACAAAUAUUUAUUUUAGUUUUUGUUGAUGAUUCAUCAUUGGUUAUUGAACAAAAAAAUAAAUAAAAAAUUGG